AUGGAAGCUUCCCUUGAGGGCCUUGUGGUGGCCGGUAUUGAUGUACCGAUAUCAAUGUAUCCCCAUGUUGCUCAACUUUUCUUUAAAAAACAAUUGUGCGGUGGUUCAAUUAUUAGUGAACGUGUCAUAUUAACUGCGGCUCAUUGCUUAUUUGGAGAUGACGGUCAAGUUGUGCUUCCAAACGAGGUUAUGGUCUAUUUAGGAUCGGACUGGCUGAGGGAAGGAGCUAAUUACAACAUUUGCAAACUCGUUCCACACGAAAAUUACUCAGGAAGGAACGAAAUAUCCUUCUAUUACUAUGACCUAGGGUUGGUUUCACUACAGGAAAAAAUAAAAUUUGGACGCUCGGUAAAAAUGAUGAAAAUCGCAAACACAGAAUCUUUUAGGAACGAGAAAUUUGGGUUCACCAUUGCUGGUUUCGGAGCUGUUUCGAGUUCAUUUCCCUCCGGUCCGUCUAUCAAACUAAAAGCGACCCGAAUGUACUACGUUAGCACAAAAAAAUGUAACGAAAGCCAAUCAUUCAGAAAUGUUAUGAACGUCCCAGAUCAUAUGUUUUGCAUGAUAGGCAAGGGUUGGGCAAGCGAUUGUUAUGGUGAUUCCGGUUCGGGGAUUAUUUGGAAAAGAUCAUUAGUGGGCGUCGUUGCAUUGGGGCGAGACAUCUUUUGUGGUUCCGAUAUGCUUCCCUCAAUGUACACCGACAUAGUGUAUUUUCGGAAAUGGGUCACGGAGAAAGUCAUUGAGCUUGAGUCUUUGCCUGUAGAGCAAUGUGGG